ACUGGAGAGAAACAGACGCCCCUCGGCUAGGCUUUAUUAGUCCCUCGCUUCCUCCCAAGAGGCUAGUGGGCGUGAAGGAGAACGAGGUGGCGAGAGAAGAGACGGAGUGCAGGGCGACAACAUGACGAUGAUUUUGGGCUACUGGGAUAUUAGAGGGCUUGCUCACAGCAUCCGAUUACUACUGGAAUAUACAGGGACACCUUAUGAAGAGAAGCUCUACAGCUGUGGUGAAGCUCCAGACUAUGAUAGGAGCCAAUGGACCAGUGAAAAGGAGAAGUUGGGACUGGAUUUCCCUAAUCUUCCUUACCUAAUUGAUGGCAAGACCAAGUUUACACAGAGUAAUGCCAUUCUCCGGUACAUUGCACGCAAGCACAAGAUGUGUGGAGAAACUGAGGAGGAGAUUAUCAGAGUGGAUAUGCUAGAGAAUCAGGUGAUGGACUUCCGCAUAAGCCUUGGCAUGGUCUGCUACAAUCCUGAUUUUGAGAAACUAAAGCCGGGCUACCUGGAGCAGCUACCAGCAAAGCUGAAACAUUUCUCCCAGUUCUUAGGGGAGAGAAAGUGGUUUGUUGGGGACAAGAUCACAUUUGUAGACUUCCUCGUGUAUGAUGUCCUUGACCAAAACCGCAUGUUUGAACCGAAGUGUCUCGAUCAGUUCAAGAAUCUCCAGGAUUUCCUUGCCCGCUUUGAGGCCUUGGAGAAGAUUUCUGCCUACAUGAAUUCCAGCCGCUUCAUUAAGACCCCCAUCUUCAUGAAAAUUGCCAAGUGGGGCAAUAAAAAAGAGUAGAGGAAAAAAUGCCUUGUAUGCACAAGAAUAUAUAUUGAGGGAAUCUUGAAUGCUUUCAUGCAUAAGAACAGCCCUUCUGGAUCAGGCUCAAGGCCCAUCUAGUCCAGUAUCCUGUUUCACACAGUGGCCCAUCAGAUGCCUCUGAGAAGCCCACAUGCAGGAGGUGAGGGGUUGCCUGCUCCCCCGCCGUUGCUCCCCCGCUUUUAAAUUGUUUUUUAUGUGGUGACUCUUGAUAGCCAAUAUCUUUUUGCUUCCAAGCUGCUAGCCAAUAAAAGUCUUUGAGUACUAAAACACUGUCAUGAAUCCUUAGUCUCUACUCCAAGUGGGCAUAAACUACCCUUGUUAAUUUUUGAAUGUUUUCUGUACUUUAAAAUUAUGAUUAAAUGCUGGUUGCAAAACUG